CCUGAACCCCCUGAGCCCCCCGGGCCCGCCCAGCCCGUCAGCUACCGGCCCCUGCGCAAGGUCCUGGUGGCCAACCGGGGUGAGAUCGCCAUCCGGGUGUUCCGGGCCUGCACGGAGCUGGGGAUCCGCACCGUGGCCGUGUACUCGGAGCAGGACACGGGGCAGAUGCACCGGCAGAAGGCGGACGAGGCGUACCUGGUGGGGAGGGGGCUGCCCCCCGUGCAGGCCUACCUGCACAUCCCCGACAUCAUCCGCGUGGCACAGGAGAACGAGGUGGACGCCAUCCACCGGUACGGGUUCCUGUCGGAGCGCGCGGAUUUCGCCCAGGCCUGCCUGGGCGGCGUUCGCUUCGUGGGGCCGCGCCCGGACGUGGUCAGGAAGAUGGGGGACAAAGUGGAGGCUCGGGCCAUCGCCAUCGCCGCCGGUGGGGCCCGGGGGGGGGGGUUGAGGGGUUAA